AGUGGGACUGUGCAGAGUCCAUACAUACAGAAUAAGGGCAGAUACCGAGAAUUACACCCGGCAUACGGGACAGGUGAAGUGGGACUGUGCAGAGUCCAUACAUACAGAAUAAGGGCAGAUACCGAGAAUUACACCCAGCAUACAGGACAGGAGAAGGGGGACUGUGCAGAGUCCAUACAGGACAGGAGGAGAAGUGGGACUGUGAAGAGUCCAUACACACAGAAUAAGGACAGAUACAGAGAAUUACACCCGGCAUACAGGACAGGAGAAGUGGGACUGUACAGAAUCCAUACAGGACAGGAGAAGUGGGACUGUGCAGAGUCCAUACAUACAGAAUAA